AUGCCGCCUAAAGGCUCUCGCAAGGCUGUGGUGGACCCGCUGGUUGCUGACACCAAUACUCCGACGGAUCCUGCAUUGUCAACCGCAGAAGGGAAGAAUGAAGAGUCAGUGAUCACGGCAGCUCAAGUUGUUGACAACGCUGCUGGCUCAUCUGGACUCUCAGUGGAAGAGAAGUGUGACACUACUGUGGAUCUGGACGAUGCUGUUGAAAAGUUGAUGGACGACUCCGACGAUGAACUGGAUGUUGACUUCAAGGCUGAUGAGCUUUGCAGGCUGCGGUACACGGCGAUUCUGCUUGUCCCCUUCCUCCUUCACCAUGAACUUGCCUCGGUUGUUUCUACUGUCCGGCUGCUGAUGAGGCGGGUGUGGUCUUCAGUCGUGUCUGCUGAUGUCGCUAACACCUCGAAAUUCCAGAUCCUGCACCCGGCAUACGUUGCUAAGACACGCUUCUGCAUGCUACAGAUCUCAUUCCUGUUGGAGGGGGACGCUCUCAAUGUAAGGCAGCAAGAUGUGGAUUAUCAGCGCGUGAACGGAAAGCUGGUCAGGCUGUACUGGCUUCGUGCGGACGACCCGUCCUUUGUCCGUGAACGCGCCUCCAACCCGCUGGCUACGGAAGUCGUUUUCAGGCAUGUCUCGGCUUCUGUCUCUCCUGAAACGCUACAAUGGCUGCUGGCUCACUACAAGCUCAAGAUCAACCAGAAGCUGAUCUACAAGGAAGGCCUCUCUGCCUCCCUGCGUGUGAACCCGCUUAGACUGCCGAUCGUGCUGGAUCCUGCAGUUGCUCUCAUCUCCACCGGCAACCUGCGGGAGGAAUGGUUGUGCACUCAGACGGGCUACAGGAAGGCGCACGGAACGUUCCUCAUGGAUGAUGCUGCUCACAUCAAGCAGGCAAACCAUCUGCAGCAUCUCGAGACGCUCGGCACUGCCACCAAGCCCACCCUCGAGAAAGCAAGUCUCAGCGCGAUCAGGAAGGACUACGGGAUUUAG